CACUAUUCUUUCUGGUCGGGGUUGAAAGCAAAAAAGUCAAUGGGAAAAUAAAUGUAGUAAAAUGUGUAUAAAAUAGUGCAAAUAUCAAUGAAAGCAAUAUGUUUUUGUGUAAAAGUGUUAAUGCGAUGCCUUGUUAAAUAGAAUAAAUAGUGAAAAGGUUGGCAAUGUGUACGCUGUAAGAACGGCGUCUACUCUUGCAACGUUUCCCAGACUCCACACCCUGCACCGCUUGCACCAAAUACCUAUGAAUGUACACACACAAACACAUGCAUUCAACACACAGUCACAAACACAGACAAGCAUACAUAUGUACGUGAAAAAAACCUGCUGCAGUUGGUCGUAAUUACAGUUAGACACUAAAAUAGCAACACGGUCGGUCAGUUAAUUAAGGAACAAAAAAGCUAGCUGCCUGUGUUUGAGGCGGUGGUGGUGGGAAAAGACGCCCACGCACGCUACCAAUUUGCAAGGCUUGCAAUGGAAAACGAUUCCGUCAAAUCGGAACACAGUGGACGCUCGCGACGCUCUCGCAAUCACAAUAACAACAGCAGCGGGGGAGGAGGCGGUGGCGGUGGCACUGUAAACAACGGCUACCACAGAGAUCGUUCCCGACAUUCACACCGCAGCACACAUUCAUCCAAGUCUGGCAAAGGUCGUGGCGACAUGGCGCCUUAUCAAACCAGCGUCAACAUGACAGGUGAUGAGUCUCGGGAUGGUCAGGAGGUCAUUGAAGUGCAGAUUCUGCCACAGGAUGAGAAUUGGGGUGAGAAUACCACAGCAGUGACCGGCAACACCUCGGAACAAAGCAUUUCCAUGGAGGAUAUUAAUAAUAUGUGGCAUCGUGAGAACGACAAAGGUUUCGGUUUCGCCUGUCGGCGUUACGUUGAAUCCACCUUCUACUUUCUGCUCGGAUGUGCCGCAUUCUUCUCGCCUGUUGCCAUGGUCGUUAUGCCGCACAUUGGCUUCUUUCCGACCGCCUUCGAUCAUCCAGAACUGACGCAAACCAGGCGUACACAUCUGUUGGCGUGCAGUGAACAGUGCAAGGGUAAAUUAGUGUCUUUGGCUGCCCGCUUGGUGCUCCUCGCCAUUGGUUUGUGGGCGGUGUUUAUGCGACGCACGGCCGCCAGCAUGCCCAGAAUAUUUCUAUAUCGCGCUCUUGUACUGCUUCUGGUGACCAUCUGCACCUUUGCCUAUUGGCUCUUUUACAUUGUGCAGGUGUUGAAUGGCGCCAAGAUUGUUGUGGAAACAGGUGGCGAUGUUGUCGACUACAAAUCGCUGGUUACCUACGCCACCAACUUUGUGGACACUCUGCUCUUCAUACACUAUGUGGCUGUGGUGCUGCUGGAGCUGCGCCAUCAACAGCCCUGUUACUACAUUAAGAUCAUACGCUCACCCGACGGCGUCUCGCGCUCCUAUAUGCUGGGACAGUUGAGCAUACAACGUGCUGCAGUUUGGGUGCUGCAGCAUUACUAUGUCGACUUUCCCAUCUUCAAUCCAUAUUUGGAACGCAUACCCAUUUCCAUAUCGAAAUCGCAACGCAACAAAAUCUCGAAUAGUUUCAAGUAUUACGAAGUGGAUGGCGUCAGCAAUUCGCAGCAGCAGAGCCAGAGUCGUGCUGUGUUGGCAGCUAAUGCACGACGACGCGACUCCUCGCACAAUGAACGUUUCUACGAGGAGCACGAAUACGAGCGUCGAGUGAAGAAGCGUCGUGCACGUCUCAUCACUGCCGCCGAAGAGGCAUUCACGCACAUCAAACGUAUCCACAACGAGCCGGCGCCAGCGUUGCCCUUGGAUCCACAGGAAGCGGCCCAGGCGGUGUUCCCAUCGAUGGCGCGUGCGCUGCAGAAAUAUCUGCGAGUGACACGCCAGCAGCCGCGUCACACAUUUGAGAGCAUUCUCAAGCAUUUGGCGCACUGUCUGAAGCAUGAUCUGUCGCCACGUGCCUUUCUCGAACCAUAUCUGACCGAAUCGCCGGUGAUGCAGAGCGAAAAGGAGCGUCGUUGGGUGCAGUCGUGGUCACUGAUCUGUGACGAUAUCGUCUCGCGACCCAUUAGCAACGAAUGCACGUUCCAGCUCAUUCAGAACGAUGUCUCCCUGAUGAUCACCGUGCACAAGUUGCCGCAUUUCAAUCUUGCCGAGGAGGUGGUCGAUCCCAAGAGCAAUAAGUUUGUGCUCAAGCUCAACUCAGAGACGUCUGUAUGACACCACCAUCAUAUGCACCAUCAAUCGCAACAAUCCAACCCCAGAACACCGCCAAUGAUAACGCCUACGCAUAGCAAUCAAACGCAAUCCUCGUACUUGCAUGUCUUUGUCUGAUACAUUAAAUUGUAGAGAGGGCAGCGCUUCUUAAACGGGAUUAGAAACCUAUCAAAAUUAGUUAAUAUCAGAAUUAUUUUAAGCCAAUUCCAGUUUCUUUUAUACCAUUUUUAAUCCCCAUUGAGAAAAGCUGCUUGUUAUCGUUAUUAUAGGCGGGUUUCAAUUAUUAUUUUAAGUAUUAAUUUAUAUAGAACUCGAAACUGAAACUGAACUUACGGCCAGCAUAUGAUUAGAGUGAACGAUGCUCAAGCCCAGUGUAAUAUCCUAAGCCAACAACGCACACAUAUCACACGUCCCUUGAAAUGACUUACAAACUGAUUUACAAGUUCCCAAAGUAUUAAUCUUAAGUCUGGUUGCUUCGGCUCCCACAAAAAAAGAAAAAACAAAACAAAUUUCCAUUUAUCAGCUUAAAUCUUUACUGCCUUUCUUCAUUAGCAAGUGUGCAUAAUUAUUAUUUUUAGAUAAUAUCACAUAGAAUUUAAGUACUUAAAUGACAAAAUUCCCCCCAGAAAAAAAACUAUUCCAGAUUGUGGUUAGACAAAAACAAAACCAUAGACUUUAACCCGAAGUGUUAUCUUUUAUAAUUUAAAUACUUUAAUGAGAACACUUCUGAAGAACUUUUCCAUUUUCUAAAUUUAUUAGACAAAAAAGAAUCAGGAGUGUUAUCGCUAUAAAUUUAAAUACUUAAAAGAAAACACUAUCAAAACAAACUAAUCCAUUUUCCAGAAUUUGGUUGUGGUUAGACAAAAAACAAAAGACUUGCACCAAGAGUGUUUCGACACUGUUGGCGCGAUUCAAAUGGGGGUUUUUUUUUACCGAUUUAUUAAGUGCAUUUUAAGCAUAAAUCGAAUACUCAACAUUAAACAGUUCCCCAAUGUUCCACUAAAUUGCCGCAUGCGGCAACUGCAACUGCAACUCGAAUGUAACUUGUGACAAAUACAUAAUAACUUAAGCAAGAGACUGCUAUUAAUGCAUUUUAUAUACACUGACAAAAAUUGCCAACUAAUAUUUGUACUACUAAUCUGUGCAUAGCAACAAUAGAGCACAAAAUAUAUAUACACAUAUAUUUUAGACGAACUAAAGAAUGAAAUCAUUUUAAUGCUAAGUGCGAGUAUUCAAUUGAUACACCUAUAUACAGAAACAAAACCUUCAAGAAUAUAUAUAUCUAUAUACAUAUUUACAAACUACUUAGAAAACUUUUCAUAAUUUUGGCGACUUCUGGUCCAAGCGAUAUUUUUAUUUCGUUUUUCUAGCUGAAUGCUUUUUAUCAGAGAAUCUAAUUGUAGCAAUAAAACCGAAUGUGAAGCAAUUUUAAACCGAAUACACAUAUUUAUAGAAUUUAAUCAACAAUCGAUAUCAUAAUUGUGUCUGUAAUUACAUACAUACAUAAACAUAUAUAGCUAAGCCGAUACACACAAGCUGUAUAAAUAAAUGCAACAACUUUUUCACCAGCUUUAAUUCAGCGUUUUGUUUAC